AUGAUAACCACUACACCACGAGGACAGUGAAUCACGUGAUGAGAGCUUCGCCGGCCCGGCUCGGUUUUGCCAGAGAACCCAUUGAUUCAGGAACAUGUGGUGGAGGUCGGCAAUGGACCGGCAUGGACGACAUUCCGUUCCCAUCUGAGACCAUUGGGGCGCUAUCGCACUCGUCAUCUACAUUCUUCUCGCGUUCAUCCGCGAAUUCCACGGUCUUUCUCUCUCCUUCUUGCCCUCAAAAGUGUUGCGCCUGGCUCCGAGGGCCCUGCGCGCCCCACUCUUCGCCUCCUUCGCCACCGCCUCCCCUUCCACCCCCGCGUCACGCGACCACGCCCACCGAACGAUGCUGACCGACGCGCAGGCCGCAGCGGUGCAGCGCGCCGCCGAGCCGGGAUUCGAUGGCGUCGAGUUCCUUCUCCGCCCCGCUGGCUGGCCCGAGUGCUCAGGCCCCGUAACAUCGCCCACCGGCACUCCGGCGAGACUGAACACUCGCUCGCGGAGCUCGUCCGUCGCAUCCCUCUCCUUCCAGCCGCCCCGGGUCAACACGCCUCCGCACAUUGCCAUUCUGGACAGCAGCUUUAACCCGCCUACGCUUGCGCACCUCGCCCUCGCCUCUUCCUCCUUCCCCCCGCCUAUGUUGAACCCGAACGUCCGCAGAUCGCGCGGCCUCAGCAGCCCCAAGAGCCCCGCAGCGUUUAUUCGCGAAGCGGCGACAUACUUCACUUCGCACGGGGUGUCGCCAGACGAGGCUCUUGCCCCAGCGCCCAAGGAUGAGGUCACGCACCCCGAUCCCGCGCCAGGGCCGUACACCGCUCGCCUGCUUCUGUACGCGGCGCGGAACGCCGACAAGACACCGGGCAUGACUGACGCGACGCCGGAGCAGCGUGCUGAGCUCAUGCUCGCGCAGGCUGAGGCGAUGCCCCCGCAGGCUGGCCCCGUCGCUGUUGCCAUCGUCGCGCAGCCAACGUUUGUGGCUAAGGCUAAGGCUCUGGUUCGCGUUCUCGAGCAGUCGGGAGUCGUGUGGCCGACCGGCCACGAACCACUCGGUCAGCGCAGCUCGGCACCCCCGACGCCCAGCCGCACUGUUACGUCUCCCUCUCCCAUGUCGCCCGCCUCGCCCGCAACGCCGAGCACCCCUCUCCCGUCCCCGCCGCCGGCCAUCACCUUCCUCGUCGGCAUGGACACGCUCGUGCGCAUCUUCGACGCUAAAUACUACCCGCCCGGAGGCAUGGAGGCUGCGAUGGAGGAGCUCUUUGCGCACGCGUGGCUUGUGUGUGCGCGUCGCGGAAGCGGAGGCGAAAGCACAGACGCGGCGGACACACGUAGACAGGAGGACGCGCUACUUGCACGUGCUGACGUAGCGCGCUGGGUCGCGCGCGGGCGCAUCCGCCUCAUUCGUGCGCCAGAGAGCGUCGCCGACGUCAGCUCGACGCGUGUUCGCAUGGCACUCAGAAUGGGCGCGGGCGCGGGCGCACUCCGCGGCCUGUGCGCCGACCCCGUCGCCAAGUACCUCCUCGAGCAGAGGUUGUACCGGUCGUAGAACGUGGCCUGGGCCACGAUAUUCUAGCCUGAUGUGACUGUGGCGGCUUGUGUUGUUUCUUGAGUAACGGUGGCUUAGCGGCGACGUCGCCAUCCUUGAGUGAGAUGAAGAGAUGCUCUUGGGCUGUCGCGUCGAGCUUGCAGCAUUGCAGCGGUCGGCCAUCCUGUGCUGCUACGUCUGGACGGCCCGACUCGGUG